AGAGGAGCGGGGUAGGAGGAGGGGCGAGGGGAGGAAGUGUAGUCGGGAGUGCGCGGUUAUCCGGACGGCCAUUGCCGAGUAACUUGUACGAAGCCGCGAGCGCGAUUCCCGUGUCGUGCGGCACGCAAGCGAGUAAUCCCGGUGGACCGACCGUCAGCCCAGCAGCGAGGUGCCCCGUGUUGAGCUUGGGACGCGCACGAGACCCCGGCCCGAUGGCUGAGACCGACAAAUUGAACAUCGACAACAUCAUAGCUCGACUCUUGGAAGUACGAGGGGCAAGACCAGGCAAGAAUGUUCAGCUGACGGAAGUGGAGAUUAGAGGACUGUGUCUCAAGUCGCGUGAAAUUUUUCUAUCGCAGCCCAUCCUCUUAGAACUCGAAGCGCCAUUGAAAAUAUGUGGUGAUAUUCAUGGACAAUACUAUGACUUGUUGCGAUUAUUCGAGUACGGUGGCUUUCCCCCCGAAAGCAACUACCUAUUCCUAGGAGACUACGUCGAUAGAGGGAAACAAUCGUUGGAGACCAUCUGUCUCCUUCUCGCCUAUAAGAUCAAGUAUCCAGAAAAUUUCUUCCUGUUGAGAGGAAAUCACGAGUGCGCGUCCAUUAAUAGGAUAUAUGGGUUCUACGAUGAAUGUAAACGUCGUUACAACAUUAAACUAUGGAAAACGUUUACCGAUUGCUUCAAUUGCCUACCCGUCGCCGCGAUAGUGGACGAAAAGAUAUUUUGCUGCCACGGAGGCUUGAGCCCGGAUCUGCAAAGUAUGGAACAGAUCAGACGUAUCAUGCGACCGACGGACGUACCUGAUCAGGGAUUGCUCUGCGAUUUAUUGUGGUCCGAUCCCGAUAAAGACACCAUGGGCUGGGGCGAGAACGAUCGCGGUGUGUCGUUCACUUUCGGCGCGGAAGUCGUUGCCAAGUUUUUACACAAACAUGAUUUCGACCUGAUAUGCCGCGCGCACCAGGUGGUGGAGGAUGGUUACGAGUUCUUUGCCAAACGGCAGUUGGUGACGCUGUUCUCGGCUCCGAACUACUGUGGCGAGUUCGACAACGCAGGUGCCAUGAUGUCGGUGGACGAGACUCUCAUGUGCAGUUUCCAAAUUUUGAAACCGGCCGACAAGAGGAAAUUCACUUACGGUGGUCUGAAUGCUGGACGGCCUGUCACGCCACCGCGGGGCGCGAACAACAAAAAUAAGAAGAAGUGAACUCCUUAGAUUUAUCUUUUCGAAUGCGACGCUUAGGAUCUACAACCGCUACCGCCCGUCGACCCACCAUCGAGACUUAGGAAGACCUUGUAAGAAAGAGAGAGAGAGAUACGAGUUAUAAUAAUUAUUAUUAUAAUUAUAUUAUUAUUUCUGAUUGACUACGAAGCCUGUGGAAAUAAUUACAAAGAAUCGGGAAUACAUUUAUCGGAAAAUCCGGAGGGGCGUUGCUUUUCACAGAGUUUAUCAAAAGUAGUAAAGUGAUAGUGCGUAUGUCGUAGCUAAAUGUGUUACCGUAUAAAACAAAAUAGUAGUGAUAAAGCCAUAAAAAUCGAUCGAUCAUAAGAUUAGAGAGAACUUUACGUCGAUUCAACGACAUUCUUAACAAUUGAGAAAAGUAAAACUUAGAGGACAGGCACUUUCACUAUAAUUCGUCUUUUUCCAUUUGUCGAGCGUGACAUCUGCGUCUUGUAGCUUGUUCAUCAUUUGCAUUUACACUCGUCGGUGUCGCAAAUGUCUGAUUACUCGAGAAAAACGUGACCUUUUUUUCACCACUUUACUCUGUGAGAAAAAUUGACACGAUAAUAGUGUCGCGCGAAAACACCACACACACACACACACACACACGCAUGUACACGCACACUCAUUCUCCCACAUGCACGCACAUAGUGCUCUCGCUUCAUUAUGUAAGUAUGCUGUUAACAAAGAUAUCGAUACACAAAUAAACUAGCGAUCAUUUAAACUUAAUUCCCUAAAGUAUAAUAGAUAUUUAUAGCUUGAUACUUGUGUAAGUUGCACAAAUUUGUAAACGACAUCUAUUACGUCAUACCUACUUUUAUAAAUAUACAUUUAUAUGUGUGUGAAUUGUGAAAUACAAAGAAAAGAGAGAGAGAGAGACAAGAUUCGUUUCAAGAGCAAGUGUCGAAGCGUUAACGAAUUGCUAAUAUACACGUUAUAUAUUGUCCUGCGGUGAACGAGAGUAUUUGUAUCGCGGUUAUUAUGGUGGCAAGGCUUCUCUGGAUUCAUUUCAACGAUGCUACAUAAAUGUCCGUAUAUAAACGUGGGAAGAUAAUAAUCAUGUGGUGUAAAUGAGCACGCGAACGCGCAUCGUAUAAUGAUUGAUGUCGUUGAUAUCACUGAUAAUAGGCGAUUCGCCUUUUCCAAGUAAUACGAAAAGGAGGAAGCCCCUUUGCUUUCGGUCGGGGGGGGAUGUUUCAUCUCCCGAUCGAGAUCGAGACGGUCCUGUUAUCAUUACUAGGACGAAUCAUUACUAUUGUUAGCAUCAUCUUCCUCCACCUCCUCCAUACGUCCAUACCCCCAUAACGCUACGCUCCCCCCUACCACGUUUAAUUUGUUCGUCCCACCCUCGGCGAUUCCGUUAGCCAGUACACAGAUUCAUCCUUGAUAAUAGAGAAGCUAAUAAUUCGAUAGCUAUGAGAAACUACCUACGACGCGAGGAUCUUCUUACGGGAUCUUGAGACCGAUCAUGUUCAACUUCUUUUCUUCACACUUGUACAUUAAUUUCUUUUUUAUAAAUAAAAUUCACAUAAAAACACCCAUCAUAUUUCUUCAGUCGAUCACAUCCACCAUCCCGACACGGCGCGAUCUCGAAUAAGCGAGUCGCGAGUUUUACUCUGUCCAGGAUCCGCCCUCUCUUUUGGAGGCGCGAGUAACGUUUGCAUGUGUCACUCUCGAUCUUGUCCACCAUCAACAUCUCAUGUCGCACAUCGAACGCAUAACACAGGUACUACCUUAUCUAUAUAAUGCGCAUACGCUCGUGACUUAUUCUUUACAUCUGCCGCGUCUUGUCGAGGAUACGUCUAUAGCUGUACAGCUUGGAGCGCGGCUCCGGGGCAGAUGUAACUUCGCCUGUGCGUCACAUUCGGGGAGAGACGUGAAUGUACAAGGGCUAAACCGAUAACACCAAUCGUUGUCUCGUCUUGUUGGGCUCCGUGCGAAGUACUUUCGUUACCGUUUGUAAUUCCAGGGGGUUCGAUUCAAGUACGAUAAACGUCGUUCAGACCAUUGAUCAGCAAGUAAAGUGUCUAAUCUAGUUGCAUAGUACUUAACAAAAUGGAUUGUACUCUGGAGCGAGGUAGCGGGAGGGAAAGAGUAUAGGGGCCGUAAUUAAGCGAAUCUAAUUACACGUGCGAUACAUGUGCGAGUUGUCUUCAACUUUCCAUCGAUAUUCGAAGCAUGUAUGAAAGUAUACAUCGAUUGUAACUCUUCAUUUCACGCGAGGUGUGAUUGUAUCAUGGGUGCAGAUCGUAAGUCAAGCCAAAAAUAAAAUCAUAACGAGCCGGCCAAGGAUUUUCGACUGUUUUAACUUUUUUAAACUAUUAACGAUUGUAUAGACUCAUUCUACUUGUCAAUAAUCAUUCUCGCGUAAGUGUUAUAUUAUAUUAACAAUUGUGUGUAAAUAUUGUAUUUAUCGUCGUAUGCCGAGCGAGGUGGAGAAUCAGCACGCGCCGCAGCGAGGCCGGGUAUGUCAAAAGUACCGCGUUUCCUGCGCGGGCGAAAUUUUGUUUCUUACCGAGGCGUCGAGUAAAAAAUGUCGCGAGUUGCGAAACGAGACGCCAGCGGUGUCGCACGCGGGACAAGUCGGAGCGCUUUGCGACGCGAGUGAUCUAAUUGUAACAGCGGAUUAGUCAGGUCGGAUUCCGCGAGGAUUGCGCAAACUGCGCGUGAGACGCGAGAUGCGAUAGUUUUAAUAGGCACCUUUACACGAGAAGGGAGAGAAUUGAGAAGCUCACGUCGAUCUUUACCUUUAAAUCGGAGGAUUAAAUGCAUUCGGGGACCCGACGAAACGCCGUUCUGUAGUCUUCCCCACUAGAAAUCGUACGGUUCUUCUUCCGGAGUUAACGUUCGUCGUCGCCAGCGAAAGACUUUGUCGUGGACAUUGAAAACACAUUUUGAACGGUCUCCAGAAUUACGUAGCUGAGCAACUCCACUCUACGCAGAAAUACGUACGAUUAAUUUUAAUUCUCCUCCGCUCGCUUCAUUUAUAUGUACAUUACGAUAUUUUAAGUUCCGAUUUGUCGUGGCGUUCAAAGUGCCAAGAUUGAGAUCGAGGUCGAGGUCGAGAUCGGAAUCCUCUCGGCAUUGCGAAAAUGAAUGAAGAGUAUCCUUUUCUCUCUCGUGCGUAUGAUCGAUCUAAAACUAAAAGAUUGUCAGUCUACAAAAGGUUUCACGACGGAGCUGCGUGAGCGAGGGGGGAGCAAGAGAGAUUUUACACCAACUGAAAAAAACCUUACGUUUCCAACUAAUGUACAUAUUGAUAUUACUAGACAUUAAUACAUUGAUAGAGCGCAGAAUUUUGUCAACGUCCAGGAGUAAGCGUGGUGUGGAUCUAAAUGAAAAUAUAUAUUAAGCAUAAUUAUAUUCCAUUCGGCACUAUAACACCUCUGUACGUAGUGUAUAAGAAUGAUUAUUAUUAAAUAACUCUGUGAAAAGAAA